AUGGCUUCGGAGUUCGCUGACCCGUGCACCGGCGAAUCCUGCAAUAGUGACGUUGGGUACAGUCGCGGCAACAAUAUCAGAGCGCGGCCCGCGAGGAAAAUGCGCAGAGAGGCGGCGCGCGUCGGCCGAACAGCGUCAGACGAUACCGAACGCGCGCGCGGUACACGCGUCCACGCGAGCUCCCGUCCCGCCGUGUGUGCACUGAAAAAAGUACUCUGCGCGCAGCCGACUGCAUCGGCGCACGUGCGAACUCUGUUCGCGGCCGCUGUAGCCCACCGGAGCACAGUAGCUGCAACGAACAUGUCUGACUACCAGACGAAC